CCGUGCUGUUUGUAACUACCCUUGUAUUUUGACUGACAACCGGAACCAGGUUGCAGGCAUUGUUUACUGUCAUGGCUGAUGAAAGGAGAGGACCAAGGUGCAGUGUGGUGAGCGUACAUACUUCUUUAUUAUAAGAUGUCGCCAAAAAAAAAAACAUCAAACGAAAACGUGAAGCCAACGUAGUGCUCACAGUAUGGUUCUCAAUCAGAGACAAUGAUAGACAGCUGGCCAAACCCGGCCAAACACACAGAAAUACAAAUCAUAGAAAAAGGGACAUAGAAUGCCCACCCAAAUCACACCCUGACCAAACCAAAAUAGAGACAUAUAAAGCUCUCUACGGUCAGGGAUGUUUGGAUUUUUUCUUGAGUGGGUAGCUUGAUGAGAGCCAGUCAAUAUUUAAUAUUUAAAUUACCCAGAAAAUAUACUUCUCUGUUGAUAUCACAUACAUUAUCAAGCAUUUCACACAUAUUAUCCAGAGACUGACUGUUAGCACUUGGUGGUCUAUAGCAGCUUCCCACAAUAAUGGGCUUUAGGUGAGGCAGAUGAAUGUAGCAUUAUUACUAAAAUCAGUAUUUAACAUUAGAUUUACAUGAAUGUGGUUCUUUAUAUAGACCGCAACACCAGCCCCGUUGGCAUUUGAGUAUUUUCGGUAAAUGUUAUAACGUUCGGUAAACGUUAUAAUGUGUAUUCCUACCACUGUAUCAUCAAAGGUAGUCAGAAUAUGAACGUAAUCUGUUACAAGCAAGUUAUUGACUUCAUGGACCUUGUUUCUCACACUGCAAAUGUUAAUAUGGGUUAUUUUUUAGCACUUUUCUGGGUUGCUUGAUUGUUUUUAAUGCUUUACCGGGAGCCUAUCAGAAGUAGACUUGAUAGUGUAGGGUGAGCUGCACAAAGUGGUCUUCCUACUAAGGCACACGGCCUCAGUGCUAAUAGUGUAACUCUGGUUCAUAGGUUCAUGAUUACUGCAUCUAAUAGCUAAUUAACAAAGGUAUUCAGGGUAAUUAGGGGGACAUACAUUAAGUUACUUAGAUUGUGUCCCUAGGAUAACUUACAUUUGAUGCAGCAUUAUGAUGACUCAUUGUCACAAUGGUAGGGAUUAACUGAGUUGGUCUUGGGUCAUUGAUAAGUCAUUGUUUCAAUGCAGCCUUGAAAUGCGAGGACAGAGUCCAGGAGAUGAUUUGGAUGGACUCCUGUUGAGCAUCUUCUGUUUCCAGAAGGUGUCAACGUUAUCUAUAAAAGUGACUCCAGCAGAGCAACGAUAAUAAUUUUGCCAGAUGUGUAAUGCCAGCAGCCUGCGGAAUCUAUCACACCCGUGGCCCAACGAUUGGACGUUUUUUGGAGUCUUUUAAUGCUAAAAUCAGUUUUUUAAAAUACAUUUUCAGAUGUUCUGAGCUAGCCCUCCUGAUGUCAUUUGACCCCACAUAGACUAUGACAGUGUCAGCUCCCGGCAUCUGUCGUAAAACAGUCGGAAGCAGCCUUGUGAUGUCCUCUACUCGUGCUUCUGGCCAUACAUGUCUCAAGUUAAGGAAGCCUGCAAUUGGUAUAUUGUCUACAGUAAUGUCCACCAGAGUUGUUGCCAGAGAAUCUAAUGUGCAUUUCUCUACCAUAAUUUUUUAGAAUUUGUCAGUACGUCCAACAGGCCUCACAACCACAGAUCACGUGUUACCAUGCCAGCCCAGGACGAAACUGCCAGAAACUGUUUCAGGGAAGCUCAUCUGCGUGCUCGUUGUCCUCAAAAGGGUUUGACCUGACUGCAGUUUGGCAUUGUAACCGGCUUCAGUGGGCAUAUGCUCAACUUAGAUGGCCACUGGCACGUUGUAGCGGUGUGCUCUCCCAAAUGAAUCCCGGUUGAACUGUUCUGAGCAGAUGGCAAACAGCGUGUAUGUCGUCGUGUGGGCGAGCGGUUUGCUGAUGUUAACGUUGUUCAGAGUUCCCCAUGGUGGCAGUGGGGUUAUGGUAUGGGCAGAAAUAAGUUACAGACAGAAAACACAAUUGCAUUUUAUCGCUCGUAAUUUGAAUGCAUAGAGAGAUCGUGACGAGACCCUGAAGAGGAGUGGGAAAACAUUCCACAGUAAACAGCCUGAUCAACUCUUUGCAAAGGAGAUGUGUCACGCUGCAUGCGGCAAAUGGUGGUCACACCAGAUACUGACUGGUUUUCUGAUCUAUGCCCCUACAAUUUUUAAAGGUUUCUGUGACUCACAGAUUCAUAUCGUUAUUCCCAAUCACGUUAAAUCCAUAGAUUACAGCCUAAUUUAUUUAUUUCAAUUGACUGAUUUCCUUAUAUGAACUAUAACUCAGUAAAAUCUUUGUUUGUUGUAUGUUGCGUUAUUAUUUUUGUUCAGUGUAUUUAUAAUGAAGGGAAAUGUUACCAAAACAUAACAUUGUCUAACAAAUGUGAGUAAUUGCCUAAUUGAGGGUUUGGCUGUCCAGGUAAAGACUGAAUAAAGUUAUAAGAUCCACAACUUGCUUGUAGUUCAUGUUUGGGUUGAUGACAAAACUAAAGCUUGUUUAUUGGAUUCAUUAAAAGCUGUAGUUUUGGUCCUCAUCCUUGUCUCUUUGAGUGUUUGUGUCCUAACUUCAUUCCGGAUCAUGGUCCACAGCAAGGCCCAAUCCUGAAUGGUGGAUCACAUUAAUGAAUGACGAUGUUAGGAAAAGGUGUGUGUUUAUCUGCCAUGCAGAUCAUUAUCCAGUUUACCGAAUUCCUGUCCUUCAUGUACAAUAAACCAUGAAUAUCUGUAUCACAAUAAUAUUACAGGGCCAUUACCUGAACGGACACAAAGGUCACUGCAAUGUGGCUUACAGUAAAUGGGGAACUUCCUUGUCACCUGGCUGGCAGCUCUAAAAGAUAGUACCUCAGCCAAUUCUAGAGCAUCAUACUGUGAGUGUACUAGAAGCACUUUCUAAAUCUGGAACAGAACAAAGUAUUCCAACAACGAUGGAAACUGCAGUAGCCAUCUCUCUCACUCUGUUCAUACUCUCAGGUAUCUGUGCUGGUCAGGGUCUGUUUCCACAAGGUUCUGUGAAUGGAGCAGAAGGAGGGACAGCGAUGUUCAUCACAAAUCUAAUCCCACCAGCCCAGCCGUUCAUAACAAUAUCCUGGAGUGUUGGUGGAGCCAACAUUAUAACCUCUACCGGUGAUGACUCUAUAGGGCCUGGAUACGGAGACAGGAUCACUCUGAACAAAACUACUGGAUCUCUGGAGCUCAGGAAUCUGACCCUGGCUGACAGUGGAGGAUACAGAGUGGCUAUAACAACAGCUACAGCAGAAACAAUCAAUGGAUCAACUGAACUGGUUGUGUAUGAGAAUAUAUCUGAUGCCAACAUCACAGGACCAUCAAACCAUCUGUUUGCAGAUUGGAGCUCCGCCAACUUAACCUGUGAGGCUGCUGGUAACAUCACUACUAUACAAUGGACGAAGGAAGGUCAGCCUCUGUCUGCUGGUGGCAAUAUAUUAUUCUCAGAGGAAAACAGGAAAGUAUCCAUCAGUCCUGUGAAGAGACAGGACAGCGGAGAAUAUGUGUGUAAACUCACCAACCCUGCCACCUCUGCUACUGCCUCCUAUAACGUGAUAGUGAACUAUGGACCAGAUUCCAUGACCAUCCUGGGCCGACACAUCGCUGAGGUGGAGUCAUUCACCCUUAUUUACUGCUCUGUUCAGUCUGUACCGCCUGCUACGUUCACCUGGUUGUUCAAUGGGCAGCAGACAGGUGUACAUGAAGCUGGAUACAUCAUAAGGAGCGUCAGCUACAACAACAGUGGGGACUACAGAUGUGAUGCUCGGAAUGAUCUCACCGGAAAUGUUAUCAGUGUGGACCAUAGUCUGUCAGUGAGAGAUAAAACCCCUCCACCCCUAAGCCCAGAGGGAGCAGCAGGUAUAGCAGUCGCUGUGAUGUUGGUAGUGGUUGCUGUAGCUCUUGGUCUCUAUUUCGGCAUAACUCCUCAUCGGAACAAGAAAGGGAACAAUGAAGAGAAAGAUACAGACGCACUGAGCAGAUCAUCCCAGACAAAGGAUAUGUCCAUGUCCAGCACUGACAAAGUACAUGAGGGGCACGAACUUACUUCCCAAAUCCAGGACAGAACCCAUCAUCGCAAGCAACCACAAUCAGGCACCAGCCAUACAAUAGCCACCAGCCAUUCACCAGGAACUAAAGCUUCUGCAGGUGUACACGAGUAUGAGUGUAUAAUAAUUAAGAAAACUGGAGCUCCAACACCACCUUCAAGAGGAAAGCUUCCUACCAGACAAACCAACACUGACACUGGCUCCACCAAGUAAAGCAAAAGUAUAAAUUGAGAGCAGCUGAUCUCAACUACAUAUCUUCAGUUGGCUCUGGACUUCACCCAUCAGGUUUUACACCUUAAUCAAGUAAACAUGGACACAACAAACGACUGGAUGACCAGCCAAGAAGACUAGACACUACUGUACUCCACCUCCGAUGAGACACUGGUCUUUGUCUAAUUGCUCAAUGUAAUAUAGACCAGGUAACAGCACACUGAGACACAAGGACAAAUUGUAUCCCCUUAAAUUACACACACCAGUUGAAGUCCUACUCAUUUCAAUUGACUUUCCCUGGUCAAACUGCCAUCCCUCAGACCAUAAUGACCUGUGUUACAUUAAAUACCAUCAGGGGAGUUUUCAUAGAAACUUCCUACACUGAACCACAUUACACAUGUAACAGAUGUAACAUCAGGUUUUUUCCUCUGAAAGGAGGAAGUUUGAGUGCUCCUGCUAUGCUUGCUAGUGCACUAUAUAGGAUGCAGAAGAUUCACUGAAAUUCCAAUAAAAUAAUGGAAUUAAUGUUUUAUUCAUCUCAUGCACUGAACGAUGCAACAUGUAUGGAUUUUGUUAAUGACUCUGGAAUUGGGUGUAAUACAAAUAAUCUUGACCCUCACACUUUAUUUAGAAUAAUAUUAUACACAUAUUAUACACAUCUCAUGCACUGUGAGUGUUAAAUGAGUAGAGUUGGAGUGGAUGAAAAUAUCACAAACGAGUACAUCAACAACUUUGUAUUUAUCAUAGGUCUCUGUUCACUAUAGGGUCUUGUAAAUAUUUCUUAUUUUGUCUCACAGUAUUAACUGAACAAUAAAGAAAUGAAUCCCAAUGUGAAAUAUCUUGGAACA